GUCGAUGCAUAGGACGGCUUGGCGCGCCUGCCUUUCUCGGACGGAAGAGCUGCAACAUCCUUCACCGACGAAUUGCCAUUGGCGCUUCACCGCAUACCAUCUAGACGUAGAUGGGCUUCCUCAGACAGUAUGGCGCCCUGCAGAGAGCAUCACGGAAUGCCCUGCGGCGGCCAGCGCCUGCGGCUGGGGCGGGUGCGGCUGCGAAUCGAAUACGUUCCAUCACCGCGGCCAGCAGCGGUCGCGUUCCGCUAAGUCGCUCCUUCUUGAGUGUCGCGCGGCCCGCGAACUCCACCUCAUUCUACCCCACCACCUCGACCUCACCACGCCAUUUUGCCGCAGAGUCGACCCUUCGUCGGACCCUCGCCCCUCGCCAAUCCACCACCACACUCCCUAACCAAGUCCGACAUUGCUCCCACCGCCGCAACAUGUGCAGACAGUUCGGCGCAGAUAACGAGGGCUCCGCCAUGGCCGUCAACCAGGCGCGCGAGGUGCUGCCCACCAACGUGAAGCCCCUCCACUACGACCUGACCCUCGAGCCCGACUUCGAGAAGGCCACCUACGAGGGCUCGGUGACCAUUGAUCUUGACGUGGUCGAAAAUUCCACGGAGAUCACACUGAACACCAUCGACCUCAAGAUCCACUCCGCCAAGGUCACAUCUGGUGACCAAGUCGUCUCGAGCUCCCCGGAGCUGACCCACGAUGAAGAGGGCCAGACCACCAAAGUCUCCUUCAAGGAUACCAUAUCAAGCGGGUCAAAGGCCGCCCUCACCCUGACAUUCACGGGCACACUGAAUGAUAACAUGGCGGGUUUCUACCGUUCGUCUUUCAAGGCUGAGGAUGGCUCGAAGACAUGGUUAGCGACCACGCAAAUGGAGCCUACCGAUGCCCGCCGCGCGUUCCCCUGCUUCGACGAGCCGGCGCUGAAGUCUACCUUCACUGUAACGCUUGUCGCCGAAGACAAGAUGACCUGCUUGAGCAACAUGGAUGUUGCUUCGGAGAAGAAGGUGGACUCCCUUGUCGUCAAGGGUGAGAAGCGCAAGGCAGUCACAUUCAACCCGACACCGCUCAUGUCUACAUACCUCCUCGCCUUCAUUGUCGGAGAGCUUAACUACAUUGAGACGAACGACUUCCGCGUACCUGUGCGCGUUUAUGCGCCCAAGGACCGAGACAUCGAGCACGGCCGCUUUUCACUCGACCUUGCGGCCAAGACGCUCGCUUUCUACGAGAAGACCUUCAACAGCCCGUUUCCUCUGCCCAAGAUGGACAUGGUUGCCAUUCCCGACUUCAGUGCGGGUGCCAUGGAGAACUGGGGUCUGAUUACAUACCGUGUCGUCGACGUGCUCAUUGAUGAGAAGAACAGCGGUGCUAGUUUGAAGCAGCGCGUAGCCGAGACUGUGCAGCAUGAGCUUGCACAUCAGUGGUUCGGUAAUCUUGUGACUAUGGACUUCUGGGAUGGCUUGUGGCUGAACGAGGGUUUCGCGACAUGGAUGUCUUGGUACUCGUGCAACGUCUUCUAUCCCGACUGGAAGGUUUGGGAGGGGUACGUUACCGACAAUCUCGCGUCAGCCCUCUCGUUAGACUCGCUUCGCAGUAGCCAUCCAAUCGAAGUCCCAGUCAAGCGCGCAGACGAGAUUAAUCAGAUCUUCGAUGCCAUCUCGUACUCCAAGGGAUCUUGCGUCAUCCGCAUGAUCUCAAAGUACCUUGGCGAGGACGUCUUCAUGGAAGGAAUUCGAAGGUACCUCAAGAAGCACGCCUACGGAAACACCCAGACUGGUGAUCUUUGGGCGGCCUUGAGCGACGCUAGCGGCAAAGAUGUCGAAAAAGUCAUGGACAUCUGGACCAAGCAUGUCGGCUUCCCAGUCGUUACCGUGACCGAAAACUCAGACUCUAUUCAUCUCAAGCAGAACCGUUUCCUGCGCACAGCGGAUGUCAAGCCGGAGGAAGACGAGACCCUAUACCCCAUCUUCCUCGGUCUACGCACCAAGGAGGGUGUCGACCAAGAACUGGCUCUGACCACCCGCGAAGCUGAUUUCAAGGUUAAUGAUCUCGACUUCUUCAAGCUCAACGCCGAUCACACUGGCAUCUACCGCACCUCGUAUAGUCCUGAGCGUCUUCGAAAGCUAGGUCUCGCUGCCAAGGAGGGGCUCCUCACCGUGGAAGACCGUGCCGGUAUGAUUGCCGACGCUGGUGCUUUGGCUACCUCGGGCUACCAGAAGACGUCCGGCAUUCUUUCGCUCCUGGACAGCUUCAAGAGCGAGACCGAGUUUGUCGUGUGGCAGGAGAUCAGCAGCCGUAUUAGCGUACUCCGCUCUGCAUGGCAGUUUGAAGACCAGGCUGUCAAGGAUGCUCUCAAGACCUUCCAGCUCAAGUUGACCCAAGACAAGGCCCACGAACUGGGCUGGACCUUCACCGAGAAGGACGGACAUCUUGAGCAGCAGUUCAAGGCAAUGAUGUUCGGUACUGCUGGUAUUGCGAAGGACGACACCAUUGUCAAGGCCUCGUUCGACAUGUUCGAGAAGUUCAAGAACGGCGAUCGGUCCGCUAUCCACCCCAACCUCCGUGGCAGUGUGUACGCCAUCGUUCUGAGCAACGGCGGUGCGGCAGAAUAUGACGUCGUUAAGUACGAGGCCAUCAAUGCCAAGACGAGUGAUGAGCGUAACACGGCUAUGCGGGCCUUAGGUCGUGCCAAGACUCCUGAGCUCAUACAGCGCACCUUGGACCUGUCCCUGAGUGACGACGUCAAAGCGCAGGACAUCUACCUACCACUCUCUUCUCUGCGUACGCACCCAGAGGGUAUCAAGGCUCUUUGGCAAUGGACCAAGGACAACUGGAAGGAACUCGAGAAGAGGUUGCCGCCCAGCUUGAGCAUGCUCAGCUCUGUUGUGUCUAUCGCGACGUCUAGCUUCACGCGCAAGGAGCACAUCAAGGAGAUUGAGACCUUCUUUGCGGACAAGAGCACCAAGGGCUUUGACAAGGCACUUGCCCAAAGCAUUGACGCCAUUAGCGCGAAGGCAGCUUGGAUUGAGCGCGAUUCUGAUGAUGUGAAGGCGUGGUUGAAGGAGAACAAGUACUUGUAAGUUAGCAAGUGGCGUAGAAAAAGGGCUGUGGAAGUAUGCAAAGUUGCAGGGAGCCAAGCGGGCGGGUGUUGGUGUAUACCCCGAUACCAGCAUAAGACAUCUUGAUAGAUGCGUGUACAAUAGAAAUGCAUAUACUCUUGUAAUCACCUGA